AUGUUAAGUAUUUUAAGAAAUAGAUUACGGUGUUCAAUAAAUAACCUAGUACGCUCCUUUCAAAGUUCCGCACCUGUAGCAACAGAAAAGUUUGAUCACAAAAGAAUUCCUGCCGACGACGAAGGUGUUCAAGGAGAAAAAAUUGUUGAUUUGGAUUCUGUCUUAAAAUCAAAACAAGGUUUAUUUCCCACUGCAGAGUCUGACAAUUUGUUAUUUGAUGGUACACCAUACAAAAAUCUAGCAAUAUGCAAUGUGAGAGUAAGCCACAAUAAUACAAUUUUCACACUAACUGAUGCUGAUGGAAUAGUAAAGAUCAUAAGAUCUUGUGGCAUUGAGGGAUUUAAGAACACUAAGAAAGGAACUAAUAUUGCCGCCCAAACUACUGCUAUUAAUUUAGCAACAAAAGCUAUUGAUCGUGGGUAUAAGACGAUUCGAGUGAAAGUCAGGGGUUUAGGUCCAGGACGAUUGUCAGCCAUAAAAGGUUUGCAAAUGGGUGGUUUGGAAAUUGUUUCUAUUACUGACAAUACCCGAGUAUCAUGGAAUCCACCAAGACCACAAAAAGCAAGGAGACUG